AUGACACUUCAAAGCUUUCCUUCCGAACUCGUCGAGGCCAUAUGCCUUUGGCUCAAUGCUCAAGAUAUUGGCAAUCUUCGUUUGACUUGCCAUGCAAUGAGAUCGAAAGCAACACAGGAUCACUACCAGUCGUUCUUCGUCAAGCAGCGGAUCAGCUUUUCUGAAGAGAAGCUCGGAGCAUUUGUAGAAUUAACCAAAUCUCAAGACUCGCCAGUUUCUUUGGUCGAAGAACUUACCAUCGUUGGAGAUCAUCACCUCAGCGAAGCAGAGCUCGUCGACGCUCGCGAGAAUCUGGAAAUCCUGACACGACGACAGAAGGAACAACAUGACUUGCGACGCACGGGAAGGGAUGUCGAGCUGCUUGCUGAAGCUUUGAAGAACCUCUGUGGGCGAAGCUUAAGGCUGAUAACACUUGAGGUCUGUGUAUAUGAGGAAGAUGCUUCGAAAGGCGAGCCACCUGUUGCCGGUGGAAACUGGAGACCAAUCUGGACUCGCGCAGCAGAAGUCCUUGAAACCACCAUCUCUGCCUUGGCCAGGAGUCAAUUCCCUCUACCACCCGAGCUCGAUGCGUUCAGUGAGCUCAGACGCUGUGCAGUGCCAUGUGACAAGAUUGGAAGGACGAUAUUCCACGACGAAACAUUUCAAGCAGCUUUCCACAGCCUCACAGCCUUCUCCAUCAGCAUAUCAAACAGAAUCCUAAACCAACUCGAAGACGACACGCCAGAUUUGAGAAUGCGAAACAACCCCGAUGGAUCUCCCAUCAAUCCUCUCAUUCCCGUCGUCCCAUCUCACGACCCGGAAGUCCUGCGAGCACAAGCUGCAGACGAAUCCAAUUUUACCGGCCUUCCAAGACUUCUCAACCUCUGCGCUAACCUCGAGAAGCUCGAUUUACACUUUUAUGUUCUGCGCACACCAGGUUUACAGCAACAGGAGCUCCAUCUCGACCAGAUUUUCCAUCACAUAGCCAAAACUACCGCGCUCACUCGGCUCCACAGCAUGCGAUUGAGGGGUUUCCAUUUGCACAUGUCCGAUCUGCUCCCAUUUAUCCAGGCUUCACCAAUCCGCAUGCUUGUGUUGCAGAACCUGUACCUCGAGUCUGGCACUUGGCAGCCGCUCUUCGAUCACUGUACAGCCGAUGGUAGCGCUCUGGAGUUCUUAUUCUUCGAUGACUUGUUCGAGGGUCAUAAGCUCUUGUACUUCGCUGGCGAAGGUGAUGGGAAGCCGAAGUUUGAGACCUUGUGUGGAACGCAGGGGAAGAAUACGUUGGUCAGAAGGAAGAAGGAAGAAGUUGGUCGUGGAAUCAGCUAUCAUUUCGCGACCGAGAGGCCAUACGGCAGUCCGGAAUGUUGGAUGUGGAAUCAGGCAAGGACGAGGGAGUAUGGACCUCCCCAGGGAUUCUGA